AAGUUAUGAUGCAGACAGACUGUAAGUUCUCUGCCUGAGAUAUUGAUAUUAAUAUUGAUAUUGGUAUUGAUAUUGAUUGUUUGAUCAGGAGCAGACAUGUCUCAUAGUUGGGGCUACGGACCUAAUAAUGGACCGGACAAGUGGGGUGCAGAGUACCCAGUGGCAGGCGGCCAGCGUCAGUCUCCCAUCGACAUCAACCCUCAGGCGGCCAUCUUCUCGUCGUCCGCCAGGACUCUGCGUGUGCAGUAUGACCCCUCCAAGUCCAGCGGCCUCCUCAACAACGGACAUUCCUUCCAGGUGGACUUCCUGGAUGACGACGACUCCUGCGCUCUGACAGGAGGUCCCAUCUCAGGAAAAUAUCGUCUGAAGCAGUUUCAUUUCCACUGGGGGGCCAGCGAUGAUCGGGGCUCCGAACACACUCUCUGUGGCCUCACCUUCCCCUGUGAGCUUCACCUGGUGCACUGGAACACCAAAUAUGCAAGUUUUGGAGAAGCGGCCAGUCAACCUGAUGGACUUGCAGUUGUUGGAGUUUUCCUUAAGAUCGGUGCUGCCAACCCCAAGCUGCAGAAAGUUCUGGAUGCUUUAGACGCCAUCAAGACCAAAGGCAAACAGAGCAGCUUCUCCAACUUUGACCCCAAGACUCUUCUUCCCGCCUCCUUGGACUACUGGACGUACGACGGCUCUCUGACCACGCCCCCUCUGCUGGAGAGCGUCACCUGGAUCGUCCUCAGGGAGCCAAUCAGCGUCAGCCCCGCCCAGAUGGCCAAGUUCCGUGGUCUGCAGUUCAGCGCAGAAGGAGAGUCUCCUAGCUGCAUGGUGGACAACUACAGACCUCCUCAGCCUUUGAAGGGUCGCCAGGUCCGCGCCUCCUUCAAAUGAGCCACGCCUCCUUCACUUUCACUUUCACUUUCUCUCAACAUCACAUGGCGACCGUUCAAAGUUUUUUGCUCUUAGCCACACUCUGAAAGUCUUCAAAUGUCUCCUACACAUCUUUGUGCCUAAUUUAGCUAUCAUGUGACCCUCUUGUGACCCUCAUGUGACCGUCAUGUGACCCUCAUGUGACCAUCCGAGGAUAUGCUUCAAAAUAGCAACAUGUCUAGCUAGCUAGCAAACUAGCUCAUUGUUUUGUUGUUGUUGUUUGUUCACCAUUAAACCUCCUUUUAAAAUCAA